GUGGGAGGCGGCACAGAGAGAAAGAGAGUGAAGACAGAGACCGUGAGUGUGAGGGAGGGAAGGAGAGGGCCCGGGCCCGCCGUCUCCUCCUCCCGCGGGAUGUCGGUGGUCUUCGUGCCGCAGAGACUGCGGGGGAAAUGCGAGAUUAACCAGGCGACCAUCCAGAAGUUACUUGAUGAAAACAACCAGUUAAUUCAGUGCAUUGUGGAGUACCAGAACAAUGGAAAGGCUGCAGAGUGCACUCAGUAA